AUGAGCCACGAGAAGAUGUUACCAGACCUUGAGAAUGGCAGGGAGAUUGCAGUGGAAAAGAUGGGACAUCAAGGCAGCCGCUUCCUUAAACUUUCCUGCACCAUUGCAGUUCUGGCUUUUGUGUCUGUGUCCUUCUACCUCCUCUUCUGUCAGAUUGGACCCCCAGAUGCAAACCGAUUGAAGGCGGACGAUUGUCUGCAUUUUAUUUCGCUCCGCGUGAAUUUAGGUCUGGCGUGGGGUUGGUGGGAAUUUCUUGCUAAUUUCUCUGCUCGCCGCCCGCGUUACGCCGAAUUUGCGCCCGUCGUUGCGCCGAACUCCGAGGACACUCGGCUGCCGCGGUUACUCCCAGCCACACGAAUUUUGAAGCUUCACUCAGAAUGUUUAAUCUCAAAGUCUGUCUGUUACCUUCUGCAGAAAGCAGCGGUGAGAGGAGCUGAGGAUUUGUCUGCUAACAGUGGUUUGCAUCAUCUCAGGAAGCAGGUGGGAAAUGACCCAAGGGGAAGAAUUGCAGCUCACUUGACAGCCGAUCCCAUCAAGGGAGAGUCCGAUGAGCUGACUUGGCAAGAGGAAUCCGGCAUUGCAUUCUCCUCCGGAAUUGAGUUCUCCAACAACAGUCUGCUGAUCAAGAAGACUGGCUUCUACUUCAUCUACACCCAGGUAGUUUUCUAUUAUAGCCAGUGCGAGGAGAGCACUAUCUUCCUGAGCCAUGACAUGCACAAGCUCUCCUUGGCUUAUCCAGAAGAGACCAUCCUGCUGAAGGCCACCAAGUCGGUCUGCCACCAUGGUCACCACGACGACCCCUGGUACAAGACCUCCUACCAGGGCGCCAUCUUUGACUUUGAGGCCGGGGACAGGAUCUUCUCUCGGGUCCCAGCGAACGUGGCCAAAUACCUGGACAAGACAGAGGGCAAGACCUUCUUUGGAAUAUUUGCUUUGUGA